UCACACACUUACUCUGCGGACCAGCUACAGCUCUUUCAGUCUCAGAGUGGAUUAUUACUGUCACUGCAGCAAGCAGCAAUCCAAAGGGAUCUAUAUUUUGUCUAUUAGACUGACAACUGCACUUCAUCACAGUAUGAAGCAUAGACGGCUGCUUCUGUCUCUGCCUCACCUGCCCACCAUCACUGAGACCCUGGAAGACUCUGAAACCCUGGGGGUCCCGGGCCACCCAGCCCAUCUAGCCCAGUCUGUCUCCCAGUCUCCAUCCCAGUGCUCCCAGUCCCUGGAGGAGUAUAUGACCAGUAUCCAGGCCCUGGCCAGACCAGUGGCGCACCCUAGCUGUGGCCCUGUGAGGCUCCAGAGGAUGGGCAGGCCUCGGCUGUUCUCCAAGCCCCAGAUGAAGCACUCUGUCUCAGCUUCGCUGCCCCGUGGUUCCCCCCGGGCCAUCCGGACUAGAACCACCAGCCCCAUCACCCCCACAGGUCAAGCCCCAGAGCAGCUGUCAGGCAGGCUGGGGAAGGAGAGGGAAUGUGGGGGGAGAGAUCCCAUGGAAUGGCUGUAUGGACAAACACACACACAAACCGAGACAAGGACACACACACCAAGCAGGACACAAAUGAGGACAUACUAGUUUAGGGUAGAUGUUCCGGCAGCUCCGUGGGUGCUGUAACAUGGAAUAUUAAAUAUCAGGGAAUACUCUAACUGCCUGUAACAAAUGAUGUAUGGCGCUGUCCCCCAAAUGGCCCACUGAUGGGUUCUGAGCUGGACUGGAUUGAGCUGGUAUGGACUGGACUAGAUGUUGUUACACUGAAUUGUGACACUAUGCUGGAUAUAAUGCAGGGACUCUGGUCUUACAGGACUAAUGUUUACAAUCUGUGGAGUUUAAUUUAAGAUAUUCUAUUUUGUAAUAAAAUACUUUUGUAACACUA